AUGGAGUCAGCUUUUCGAGACCUGAUUGAGACUGCAAACUACUACAACGAUCGAGAUGACGAAAUCGCUGAUAAGGACAAACGAAUAAGAAUCAAAACCCUGAUCGACUUGGUUAUCCACGAAGAAGACGCCUUCAAGUUAUCGGAGAUGAUGGAAGCUGAACCAAAAACCAAUCCUGCCAUUGAAGAAAUCUUACAAGUCAUCGGAAGCUGCCUUGAGAACAAGUUUAACCUAGAUGAAUACGAAAUCAUAGAUGAGAUCUACGAAAAUUGA